CGCACGUAAUAAAAGUAAUUAAAUCCAUUUAAAGUUAAUCAUGCCUUCUCGGGGCGAAGAUAUUCUUAAAGGUUUUCAAGUAAAUUGGAUGAUUUUACGAGAUGCUGAUAGUGGUAAAAUACUGUGGCAAGGUAACGAAGACUUGUCUGUACCUGAAGUAGAACAUGAAGCAAGAGUACCGAAAAAGAUUUUAAAAUGUCGUGCAGUAUCGCGGGAAAUUAAUUUCAGUUCUGCAGAACCAAUGGAAAGGUUUAGAUUAGAGCAAAAGGUGUUGUUUAAAGGCCGGUGCUUAGAAGAAUGGUUCUUCGAAUUUGGUUUUGUUAUACCUAACAGUACUAAUACAUGGCAGAGCGUAAUUCAAGCUGCUCCUGAAAGUCAAAUGAUGCCUGCUAAUAUUUUAAAUGGCAAUGUUGUGAUAGAGACAAAAUUUUUUGACGAUGAUCUAUUAGUCUCUACCAGCAAAGUCCGCCUUUUUUAUGUCUAA